ACUUAAGGACACCUUAAAAACAUUACACACACAAUUACAGUUUCGAAUCUCUCUCUCUCUCUGAUUCUUUGCUUUGCUUCGCCUCGCUUCUAAUCCCCACUCUCUAUCUCUCUCUCUCUUAUAUUCCCAAAUUAAUUUUAGUCUCUAAAAUCAAACACCAUUGCCACCCAAUCUUCUUCUUGAGCUGAAAACCAUGAAUUAAGCCUCAAUUUUUUUUUUUUUUUAAGUCCAAAAUUGAAAUUAGGGUUUGUGAAUACAAUUAUAAUCACUGGGUUUGAUAGAAGAGGGAGAAAAAAAAAAUGGAAAAGUACGAGCUUGUGAAGGAUAUAGGUGCUGGGAAUUUCGGGGUGGCUAGGCUCAUGAGGAACAAAGAGACCAAAGAACUCGUUGCCAUGAAAUACAUCGAGCGUGGUCACAAGAUUGAUGAGAAUGUGGCUAGAGAAAUCAUAAAUCACAGAUCCCUUCGCCAUCCCAACAUAAUUCGAUUCAAGGAGGUGGUUUUGACUCCGACCCAUCUUGCCAUCGUGAUGGAGUAUGCUGCGGGUGGAGAGCUAUUUGAGCGAAUUUGCUCUGCUGGAAGGUUUAGUGAAGAUGAGGCCAGAUAUUUUUUCCAGCAGCUUAUAUCAGGAGUUUGUUACUGUCACUCUAUGGUAAUAAAUACAAAGAUAUUUAGAAUUAUUUCUGUUUCCUUUCUCUGCUUGGUUUUGACUUUUCCUUUAAUUUACUUUGUCUUGAAGCAAAUAUGCCAUAGAGAUUUGAAGCUGGAGAACACCUUAUUGGAUGGAAGCCCAGCUCCACGUCUGAAGAUUUGUGAUUUUGGUUAUUCAAAGUCAUCUCUGCUGCAUUCAAGACCCAAGUCAACUGUCGGAACUCCAGCAUAUAUUGCACCUGAGGUUCUUUCUCGGAGAGAGUAUGAUGGCAAGUUGGCAGAUGUAUGGUCAUGUGGAGUGACUCUGUAUGUUAUGCUGGUGGGAGCAUACCCAUUUGAAGAUCCAGCAGACCCUAAGAAUUUCAGGAAAACCAUUAAUCGAAUAAUGGCUGUUCAAUACAAGAUUCCAGACUAUGUUCACAUAUCUCAAGAAUGUAAACAUCUCCUUUCGCGCAUUUUUGUUGCAAGUCCUUCAAGGAGGAUCACCAUUAAAGAAAUCAAGAGCCACCCAUGGUUUCUGAAGAACUUGCCAAGGGAACUAACAGAACCAGCUCAAGCAAUGUACUACAAGAAAGAAAAUCCAAGCUUUUCCCUCCAAAGUGUUCAAGAUAUAACAAAAAUUGUUGAAGAGGCCCGAAUUCCUCCACCAGCUUCCCGAUCGGUUGGAGGCUUUGGCUGGGGAGGAGAAGAAGAUGGUGAUACUAAGGAAGAAGAUGCUGCAGCUAAGGAUGAGGAAGAAGAUGAAUAUGAAAAGAAAGUCAAGGAGGCACAGGAAAAUGGAGAUGUUCAAGUCAGUUGAGGACCUACUUUAUUGCUUCUUAAUUAUUAGAGACCUAAAGAGUUUUGGUUCUUGAAUAUCUCUUGAUUUCAGAAUGGUUUUGUGUUGUAUAAAAUUCAGUUUUCUGCUCAGCACAUGGUGUUGAAUAAAUGUUUGUAAAUUUAUAGUGUUGUCGUAAAGUCUCUGAAUUUAAAUUUUAUCUUCGAGUAUAUUAGGCUUUUAAACACCCCCCCUUUUUUCCAAAAAACAGGUUUAGUAUUUUGUUUACUUCCACCCCCCCCCCCCCCCCUUCUCUACUGGGGUUUGGAGAGGGGGGAGGGGUUGAGCUGUAAGAUUAACCUUAAAAGGUUUUGUAUGGUCUGCAGGUUCUACCAAAGAACCUGAAAUUGUUGUAAGACUAUUUAACUCCCUUAAGUUGUAUGUAAGGAGGCUUGGCUGU